GUAUUGCAAAAUGCAAAUUCGAAACUUCCAUGCACCUUUCAAGAACAGUGCUUCAAUGUAUAGGAAAACAGUGUUGUAAUUUUUGUGUUGUGCGAGCGUCUUUCCAGUUUUCUAUGGUUUAAUUGUAAAUAUCUAACUUUGCUUCGAUUUUAAUUGUUAUUAAUAAUUCGUGAGUGGAAUUGUUUUAAUCGUAUAUAAUAAAAAAUAUAUAAUAGAAAUAGUGUGUCGGUUAAUUCGAGUUUAUGUGUAGUGAUAACGUUGUCAAGCUCAGCUGGUCCGAUGAGCGGUAAAAAUUUUGCGAGUUUUUCUUAAGACACGGAAAGCACUUUGUGCUCUAUUUCCUCAAAUCAGAUAAGCUGAGUAGCUAUGAUUUUAAUUAUGUGUUCAAAAAAAUAAAUUUAAAAAAUUAAAACGAGUAGUGUAAAAAGUGCAUCAAGAUGAGCGAGAAAUCAGAAGCACAAGUGGAUGCUGUUCCACCUCCUGCACCAUCAUCAACAUCGUCAGAAGCAGCGUCAACAGUCAGCACAACUGCUUCCACGAUUCCAAAUUCAACACCUGUCCGGCCUACUACAUUUGCUAAACCAUCUGGCCUGAAACCUCCGUCAAAGAUUGGUCGGUUAUGCUCCAACUCAGCACCCAAACCAGCUAUCCCUUUAUCUCCUCGAACCGACGGCAGUACAUCGGACUCGCUGCGAAAGUUAAGUGACGACUCAUCGAGAAAACAUUUAUCAGAUCAUAGCGUAGUUCUAACUGAGGACACCGACAGCUUUAUAAUAGGCGAACGUGUGUGGGUGGGUGGUACUAAGCCCGGCCAGAUCGCCUAUAUCGGUGAGACACAGUUCGCACCAGGCGAGUGGGCCGGCAUUGUCCUCGAUGACCCCAUAGGUAAAAAUGAUGGAUCUGUAGCUGGUUUUCGAUACUUCCAGUGUCCAGAAAAACGUGGUGUAUUCUCUCGCCUCACUAGACUAACACGUGAGCCCCUCAUAUCUCAUGCACCACACGAUGCAUCACCUAUUUCUGAUGCCGGAAGUGUGUUCGAACGACCGCCUUCUGGCUCUGCAAGGCCUAGGCGCACACUCUCUCCAAAUGGUAGCGUGCGGAGUAUUGUUAGCAGUAAGAUGAAUGCUUCCAUUUCAACAACCACAAAUGGAGACUUCCGAAUUGGCGAUCGUGUAAUUGUAUCUAGCAGCCGUGGAAGUAAAGCUGGUACUCUCCGUUACGUCGGGGUUACCGAAUUCGCUUCGGGUGUUUGGGCAGGCGUAGAACUCGACGAUCCUCUCGGCAAGAACGAUGGCUCCGUCGAUGGGAAAAGAUAUUUCGAUUGCGCGCCUCGCUUUGGACUGUUUGCUCCAAUCUCGAAGGUGUCGCGUUCGCCGUCGAACCGCAAGCCGGGAGCCUGCGCGAUCCACAGCAACGGUCGCGCGACUCCGCUCCGUCGCUCGAAUUCUCGGGAGUCGCUCACAUCGCUCGGGACCUCGAUCGCAUCUUCUCGCGUGGGGGUGAGGCUCGGGGUGACGUCGCUGGCUCAGAGGGCCGGUCCACGCGCGUCGUCCACCCCGGUGUCGGCUAAGAACGCGCUGCAGGAAUUACUACGAGAGAAACAGCAACAUUUGGAGCGUUUACUGCAAGAGCGGGAGAUCGAGAGGGCAGAGGUUGUUAAAGUGACGACGCAAUUCGAACGCACAGAAAGCGCACUCGCACAGAUUAGAAAAGAAGCUACACAGGCGAAUAACGAAAAUGCGAAACUUAAAGUCGAACUUGACAAACUUAAUAAAUUGUUGGAAGAUGAACGACAGAAGGUCGAAGAUCUCAUGUUUAGAAAUGAAGAAGAAAAUAUUAACAAAGAAGAUUAUUAUAAAUACAAAGAAGCAAUGGAGAAAGAGAAAGAAAUGCGAGAAAAGCAGAUACGUGAUUUGGAAGCGGAAGUAGCAUUACAAGCAGCUCGAGCCGAAACAACUAGUGCAGCGCUGAGAGCGCUUGAAGAUCAACGCAGCGCAGAGAUUAGUGCUUUAGCGGAGCAACACAAAGAAGAACUCGUUGCAGCGCAAUCAUUAUCGUCUGAACUACAGAAAUUGUUGGAUGAAGCGUAUGCACUAAUUAAAGAAAAAGAAAGUGAAAAAGACUCUCUUAGUAAAAGUAUGUUUGAAGAACUAGUGAAAGUAAAAGCAGAGUCUGAAAAGGCACUAAGUGAAGCUAAAAGUAAAUUAGCUAUCUCGCAAUCAGAGCUUGAAACGCAGCUUUCAGUACUAACGGCGAAGCUACAAUUGACUGAAUCGAAAUUAGAUACCGAGAAACAAAACGCGGAAAGGUUAAAUAAAGAGAGUAGUCAAACUGUCAUUGAUCUAAAUAGUAAACUGACUUCCCUUCAGGCAGCUCUUGAUGAUAAAACUUUAGAACUUAAUAAAGUUGUGGGAAUUAGUAAAGAACACGAAGUCAACCUAAAUAAGGAACUUACAAAAUUAAAAAUGGAACUUAGCGCCAAAGUGGUAGAUAUUGAGCAGCUACAAGAGUUGAAUAAAAGACAGGAAUCUUCGUUUAAGGCAUUACAAGAAGAAGUUAAUCGUGUCAAAGAAGAAUUAACAAAUAAAAUAAACGAAUACGAAAACUUUUUAAAUGAAGUUUCAAAACAGGAUGAGAAGAAUAAAUCAGAAAUUUUGAAGCUCCAACAAGACUUAAACGCUAAAACGAAAGAGUAUGAAAAAUUAGUUAACGAGUCUAAUAAAACAACUACCACUAAUGAUAAACUUAUAAACGGAUAUAAACAAACUAUUCAUGAACGAGAUAAAGAAAUUAUAAAAUUAAAAGAUGAGAUCGAGGAAACAACUGCUAAUUUUAAUAUUAAGCACACCAAAAUUGCCGAAGAACAUAAGAAAGAAAUUGAGAAUCGUAAUAGUAAAAUUGAGCAAUUAAUUAAGGAAAUCGAAUCUCAUAAACAAGCGUUAGACCAGAGUAAAAUUGAAUUUAAUACUUUGAAUACACAGUUUAUAAUAAAUGUUGAUGAAUUAAACGCGUUAAAGGAAGAAAAUAAAAACUUAAAAAAUUCUCUUAAUGAAGUAUCUCAAGCAAACACUGAACUCAAAGCUAAGAUUUCUGAAAUGGAAUUAGAAAUUGGGGAAUCUAAACGUCAGCUUAACAGUGCUAUGGAAAGAUGUGACGAAAUACAAAAAUCGAAAGAAAAAGUAGAGACAGAAUAUUUAAAUCUUACCGGUCAAACGACUGAUUCUAAUGAACAAUUUAAUAAGUUGUCACAACACUUGAAGCAAACUGAAAAUGAACUACAGGAACUGAAAGAUAAACAUAGAGAAGCUACCAAUAAUUGUGGACGAAUCGAACAAGAAUUUAAGCAAAAAAUAUUUAAGAUACAAGAAGAUUUUGCUUUAGAACGAGGUCAGUUAGUUAGAUCGGUAGAUGAAAAUAUUGAAAAACUUCAAUUGGCGGAAAUUAAAAUAAAGGAGUAUGAGGCUCUCAGCUUAGAAGUAAGUAACCGCCUUAAAGAAGUAGAAAAUCAACAUGAUAAGUUGUUGGAUGAAAACUCAAUGUUAAAGAAUGAAAUAGAAAACUUGAAAGUCAAAGAACAAGAAUUAAAUAACGAGCACGACUCAAUUCGAAAGAAACUAGAAAUUGACAUUGAAAAGUAUAAACAAGAGAUAUCGCUUCUUAAAGCCGAAGGAGCUACUUCGGAAGUCAAAUUAAUGGAAAAGGUUGAUCAACUUACUGAAGCACAAAAUGACUUAAACAACAAACUCGAAGAGGCACGUAAACAUGAAGAUUCAUUACAAAAAAUAUUAGACGAUAUGACUUCACAGUUAAAUAACCAAAAAGUUCAUUACGAAAAGGAAGUUAUUCAAUUGCAAGAGCGGUUAAACUCUGUUAGUAAUGAAGCUAAAGCUUAUAAAGAAGAAGAGAUUCGAUUGAAUGAAUUACUCCAAGAAAAGCAAAACUGUAUAAAGGAUUUGACUCUUAAAUUAGAAAUGCUAGAAGUAGAUAUUAAAUCGAAUGGAGAAUUAGUUUUUGAAAAAGAUCGCCAAUUGACCCAACUAAUAGAAGAGCUCAAUAAAACGACUGAAUUAAAAAAUAAAUUAGAAGAACAGUUAAAUACGAGUAGCGUAGAAACAAAUACUAUAAAGCAACAAUAUGAAAAUCUUUUAAGCAAUUCUUCCGCUGAAGAAUCGCUAAGAAAUGAACAACUGAAACAAUUAGAGUCGAUUAAAUCUGAAAUGGCUGUUCUAUUUAAUGAUAAAAAAACAAUAGAGGACAAAUAUAAAGAAUCAUCGACUGAAAUAUUAAAUCUGAAGAGUCAACUUGAAGAAACUACAAUCAAAUUAAAAGAAAACGUUGAAAAGUUGAAUGAGUUAAACAAAAUUAAUGAUGAAAAAGACGAUUUAAUAAAAGCUCAAAAUGAUAAAAAUGUAAUAAAUUCUAAUAAAGAACAACAACUAGAAGAAAAUAUAAUAAAGCUUCAAAAAGAGGUUAAUGAUUACAACGUAAAAUUAGAAGAAAAGCAGUUAGAAAUAAACAAAUUAAACGAAAUAGUAAUACAAAGUAACCAAAUACAAGAAACAGUUAAACUUCUAGAAUCUGAGAAUAGUGACCUAAAAGCAAAACACGCCGUUGAAAUUGAAUCUCUAAAUAACACAUUAAAAACAUUACAAAACAAUUUAACGGAACAAGGAAAACAACUUGAAGACUUAGAAAAUACUAAAGAAAAAGUGAAUGAUUUAAAACAAUUACUAUCAAAGUCAGACGAAGAUAUAAAGAAACUUACAAACAUUAAUGAAGCUCAAAAACUAAACUACGAAGACUUAAACCGACAAUUGCAACGACAGUUUGAUGAGUAUAAAAGAGAAAGUAAAAGUGUUAAACACGAACUAAAUAAUAAAAUAAAUGAUUACGAGAAACAGUUACAAGAUUCAAAAGAUAAAAUGUCGUUAGAAUCAGAUAACCUAAAUAAGUUACAAAGUAAACUUUCCGAAAGCGAAAGUAAGAUUUUGGAGUUAACGAAAAAACUUGAAUUGUUAGAGAUUCAAGAAAAUAAGUCCAGCAAAGAUGAAAAAUUAGAAAAGUUAACCUUAGAAUUACAAGCUACGAGACAAUCAGGUGCUGAAUCCUUAGUAAAUAGUGAAAAAAUAAUUAAUAAUUUAAGAGCAGAUAUUGAGACUAAUAAUAAAGAAAUUAAGGCUAAAAAUGAACUAAUCUUAAAAUUGCAAGAAGAAGUGAAGACUCAAAAGGCCAAAGUAGAAAUAGCAGAAAGAGAAAAACUUCUUAUACAAAAAGAAAUUGCUAAAAACGGUAAAGAGAUUAGAGAUAAAAACGAUAACAAUGCAAUGGGUCUAUUAGGACAAGGCGAUAAUGCUUCGGAAAAGACACCAGAUGAUAAGGAAAUUUUGGACGGACAAGUGAGCUUCUUAAACUCUGUGAUAGUAGACAUGCAACGCAAGAAUGAGCAACUAAUGGCGCGGGUUCAAGCGCUCGAAGGUGGAACCGUCCCCGAGCCUCCACUAUUUAAUGGACGUAAAGUCCGCGCUGUAGCUCCUCGUCUAUUCUGCGACAUUUGUGACGUGUUCGAUGCUCACAACACGGACGACUGCCCGCGACAGUCCGUCGAACCCGAGAAACCGCCUGCGACCAAAAAACAACCACUGCCCCCGAGACCCUACUGUAACAUUUGCGAAGUAUUUGGGCAUGCAACGGAGAACUGUGAUGAAGAAGAAACAUUUUAAUACCUAUUUAUUAUUUUAGUAUUAAUGUUACCGUUGUUACUGUUAUUCGUUUCACGUAGGUAUUAUUUAUUGUUUACCAUGAAGAUGGUAUUGCUUGUUUUAAUAGAAAAUAAAAAUAGAAAAAGAUUUUGUAAAUAAGAAAUACGUUAUAACUUUUUAUUUAAAUAUUUUUUUAAGGUAAUGGGAAAUGGAAUUAAAUAUUUUCUUAUGCAUUAUCCAGAUAUAAUGCAUAUAGAGAAGUAGCUAAAUGAACACAAAUCAAUUUCCUUAA